AUGUGCCCGCCGGCCGGCCCCGAGUCAUUCUCGCAUUUGCCGGCCGCCAGUCACCUCCACAUCCGCACCAUGUACUCGCAGACCGUCCAUGGCAUGGCCGCCUACAACCCGUAUACGCUGCAUGACGACUCGCACAUGCGCCAGCGCUCGUCGCCCAUGUACAGCUACAGCCAGGCGCCGCGCCCGUACAUGCCGUACGGCAACCAGAGCCCGACCAAGUACCACCACCACUAUGACGGCCACCACCACCACCACCACAUGAGCCAGCACGACGACGACUUUUACCUCGACCACGCUGCGUUCACGAUCGUGCCGACGGUGCCGACGCCGGAAGAGCUCACGCGCUACGAGUAUGGCCGCACGCCGUCGGGCAAGGUGCUCGUCACAGCAGGCAACCAGACGGUCGAGAUCUUUACGGCACGGUCGCAGCGCCUCGACCGCUGCUAG